GAGAGAGAGAGAGAGAGAGAGAGAAAGUCAAAGAGUAAAAAAAGAGAGACACUAAUUCACAUUUAGUACAAUUUUCCUUUUUAUAACCCUUCUUUACUUUACUCCCAACGAAAACACGAUGAGAUCAGAUUUUUAAAAAGAUGAAGGAAAAACGAAGUGACAACUCUGGUGAUUUCGAUACAGCCUGUCACAUGCGUGACCUCGCCCCCUCUCUCCCCCCCUGCCCCCCUACCCCUGGACCCAUUCACCUGUGACAAAAAGUGACGCAACAGGCAGCUAGCAGAAAUGCAAGACGAUAAGCCAAGCACCGACUGUUCCCUCUGCCUGCUCCGUUUCGACACGGGACCUCGCUCUCCAAAAUCCAUGCCCUGUUCCCACGCCCUCUGCGUCUCCUGCGUCCUGCAACUCCUAAAUCCUGGUGUUACGCCGGAGGUGGCACUGGAGCAAUGCAUCAUACCUGGAGGAAGGACUAUAUUUUGUCCCAAAUGCCAGUUGGAAGUGGGUACGGAUGCCUUGCAAACGGAUAGGGAUAUUCUGGCUCAGCUCGACGCCGCUCCCCCCAACCUGGAGAACCUCUCCCUGACUGAGCCGACGGGGGUACCUGUAGGCUGGGCAGUACCACCGCCCCCGGGAAAUACCAUACCUCCUGGCACUGCAGACGAGACGAUAGCCUUCCAACAGCACUUAGACAGCUUGGAUCGGCAGCACGAACAGACAGCUGACGCGGCGACGGUAGGGUGGGUUGGCUUGGACCAGAAAGCCAUGGACGUGUCUCAGCAUUCCUCCCAACCACGGCCCAUAGAAGCCUGGUCGGGUGCCGGUGCUGCUCUCGCUACAGGAACUGCCCUUGGGAUGCCCGCUUCUGCUGCAGGAGGCGUCGGGGAAGGAGGGGGAGAGGUACACGUGCUGUCCUCCUCCCCGUCAGCUGAUCCUGUGCCUCCUGUGUCUGUCUGUGAGCCUCUUGUGAGGAAAGUCGAGGUCGUGGUUGAGGAGAAGCAUCCUGUCUCUCGUCGCUCGUCCUCUUCUUCUUCCUCUUCCGAUUCUUCUUCUUCGUCUUCUUCUUCCGAUUCGUCAUCUUCGUCGUCUUCUUCAUCCUCUUCCUCUUCAUCUUCAUCUUCGUCCUCCUCCUCCUCAUCUUCUUCUUCCUCUUCGUCCUCUCAUUGAAAGGCAGCUGUAAUAGGAAGACCAUUGUUAUAUCCAUAUAGAUUUUUUUUCCUGAAAGUAAAUCAUGAACUAAUGGAAAGAAUGUUUUUAUUUAUUAUUAUUAUUUUUUUAUUAUUAUUAUUUAUUUUUUUUAAAGAAACUGAACUAUACAUGCAUUCAACAUAUUUUAAAGAUAUGCCUUGCCAGUUGAAUUUGUCCUUAAAAGCCGACGACAAUAGCUUGCAUUUCUAGUCACAUCCAAGACCAGGAAAAAUGAUUUAAAAUACGAAGUUGUAAGUAAGCAAAAUAUUAAGUCUUUAUCACCUCAUGUACAGAAAAAAAUAGAUUUCAUUUCCGGAGAAAAAUAAAUUCAAACAUCCAAAGAAUAGCAGACCUUACAAAUAAAAAUUAAUUGCAAGAAAUACGUAGCUUGUUUUAAACGCCUACUUUUCUUCAGACGUCAACCGUGUCCUCCCGGUAUUCACGUAGAACACCUUUGAGGACAAAGUCAGUCACCAGAGGAGCUAAUGACAGGAAAGGGAAUGGUAUAGGCAUAAAGAAAUAACUAAGUCAUGAAGUGAACUGACAUGACUGAUUUCCAUGAAAGGCAGGCAUGUCGAGAAGAUAUUUCAGGUUUUAUUUAGGAUUAUAUAUGUAUAGAGAUAGUAUGACCAUGUUAUGUUUAUCUUGAAAGUAUUAAGGCAUUUACAAAAUAAAGUGGAAAUACA